AUGCAAUCAGGAGCAAUUAAAAUUUUGCUCAAAAUUUACUUCAGAGCGGAAUAUUUGGUAAGCGCAUAUUGUUCGACACCUACGCUUAAAAUCCUGGCUUCAUCAUUAUGUCCGCAUUAUUGCACGAUCUGCAAAGAUGCAACCUUUUCUCGUCAAAGUAAAAUUUACGCUAUUCUAUGGAAUUUAGAAAAUACUGCCUUUACAUUUUUAGCAACAAAAGCGCCUUGCCGCGACAGUCGUGUUGACUGUCCAAAAUAUCGACAUCUCUGCACGAUCGGUGAUUAUGGAAGAGUGUUGAAAAAGCAGUGCAAACUUACUUGUGGGAACAGCGCUAGCGAGAGAAAAUCCCAGUUAUUGCGCUUCAUUUCAAAACUUUUCUUGUCUCCAGACUUUGUCACACCAUGUGACAAAGGGAUGUUGAAACAAAACAACAGGGUCUCGGCUGGGUGUUAG